GGUUGCCUCACAGCGUCGCCUCUGCCUGUUUUUUUCCUUUCCGGCGGCCAUCUUGGUUCCCUCCGCGUGCGGCUCUCAGGGUCGGCGCUUCCCUCCUGCGGCUUUUCCUGCUCGCUUGCCGGGACCCGCCCGUUUCGUCCCGCAAAGAUGAAAGAAACGAUCAUGAAUCAGGAGAAAUUAGCUAAACUGCAGGCCCAAGUGCGCAUCGGUGGGAAGGGUACUGCUCGUAGAAAGAAGAAGGUAGUUCACAGAACAGCUACAGCAGAUGACAAGAAGCUUCAGUUUUCUUUAAAGAAAUUGGGAGUAAAUAACAUAUCUGGAAUUGAAGAGGUCAACAUGUUCACCAACCAAGGCACUGUAAUUCACUUCAACAAUCCUAAAGUUCAAGCCUCACUAGCUGCUAACACUUUUACAAUCACAGGCCAUGCUGAGACAAAACAGCUGACUGAAAUGUUGCCUAGCAUUUUAAAUCAGCUUGGUGCUGAUAGUCUGACAAGCCUGAGAAGACUGGCAGAAGCUCUACCAAAACAAUCUGUGGAUGGAAAAGCACCUCUUGCUACUGGAGAAGAUGAUGAUGAUGAAGUUCCAGAUCUCGUGGAGAACUUUGAUGAGGCUUCCAAAAAUGAAGCAAAUUGAAUUGUCAUGUUCAGUAAAACUUGAAAAUUAUGUGGAGCUGCUAUUUUAUAUUGUGACUUUUAUUCGUAAUAUUUUGUACUGAUCUUAGUCUUAAGAUCUGUAAUAUCUGGAAACUCAAUUCAAUGCAGCUCUCUUCAGUUGUUAAUGCACAGUGCAAAUGGGCUGGAAGUGCAAAAAAUGGAAAAAUACUAAGUCCAAAAGCUAAUAAAGACUAAAUUUUAGGCAAAUACUUUAUUAGUAUUUUUGUAUACAAUUAAAACAAUCACUUGUGGAUAGUGGUGGGAAAUGAAGGUUCUUGGCUUUAAAUUUUAUUUUGAUAAAAACCUAAAAUCUUCCAGAGCCACCUCUUUCGCAUUACCUAUUAUUUAUUCUAACAUAUAAUAAAAUGGAUUUAAGUUCACAAUUAGAUUAUUGAUGGUGGUUCAGCUUUUAUCUGGAUAAAAGACAGGUUAGAUUACUCAGUUAUAGAUAGGCUGGCACUAACCUUUUAUUUAAAGGUUUCAUGGUUGGCUUAAUCUUCAUUGGGUCACCCCUUCAUAUACUGGACUUCAACUCUUCAAGUUCUUAACAGUAGGACAUCUUUAUUAGCUGAGAAUUAUACAAGAAAUCUGAUAUUGAGGAGCCUAAAAUGGAGAAGGCAAACUUAAAAGGAUGUUAUUUAAUAUAAAAAAAUUCCUUUGUUUAUUUAAAUGAAUAUGUAUGCAUGAUCUUUGCUAACAUAUCUAUACAGUGUGGACAAUGCAGAAUAAUAUCACAUGGCUUCAGAAGAGCCUAAAGGCAUUUACAAUAGACUUUCAAAUAAUAAAGGAAAUAUCUGAGUUGCUGAGAUUUUAGUGAUAGGGUGAUUUUUUUUAGUUUAUUCUUUACAGCAACUGUUUGCCAUUCUCCUUUCCAUGUGGAAGUUAAUAUAAAUAAUUGUUCAAAAUAACUACACAUCGAUAAAACUACCAUCAGGAGCUGUUCUGGUUUCUUUGCUUUUAUUUUUAAGACAGCAGUUUAUUAACAGCAAAUGACUGUACGUUGUCUUGAACAACUGGAUCAUUAGCAGAAUUGUGUUCAUUAUGUCUAGAUGCAAAGAAUACUAAAUUUGAAACAAUUAUUUAGACCAAGGGUCUUCAAACUUGGCAAGUUUAAGGCUUGUGGACUUUUAACUCCCAGAAUUCCUGAGCUAACAUGACUGGA